GCCGGCCCGGCCCUGUGCAUUGUGGUCCGGCGGCGGGGGGCGAACAUGGCCGAGAAGCAGAAGCACGAUGGGCGGGUGAAGAUCGGCCACUACGUGCUGGGGGACACGCUGGGGGUCGGCACCUUCGGCAAAGUCAAGAUUGGUGAACACCAGCUGACAGGGCACAAAGUGGCAGUGAAAAUACUGAACAGGCAGAAAAUCCGCAGCCUGGAUGUGGUGGGCAAGAUCAAACGAGAAAUUCAAAACCUGAAACUCUUCCGGCACCCUCACAUUAUCAAACUGUACCAGGUCAUCAGCACACCGACAGACUUCUUCAUGGUGAUGGAAUACGUGUCUGGGGGUGAAUUGUUUGAUUACAUCUGUAAGCACGGACGUGUGGAGGAGGCAGAAGCUCGGCGCCUUUUCCAGCAGAUCCUCUCUGCAGUGGAUUACUGCCACAGGCACAUGGUGGUGCACAGGGACCUGAAGCCAGAGAACGUGCUGCUGGAUGCACACAUGAAUGCAAAGAUAGCUGAUUUUGGACUGUCCAACAUGAUGUCAGAUGGUGAAUUUCUACGCACCAGCUGUGGUUCCCCAAAUUAUGCAGCCCCUGAAGUCAUCUCUGGAAGGCUCUAUGCUGGCCCCGAGGUGGACAUCUGGAGCUGUGGUGUCAUCCUCUACGCCCUGCUGUGUGGCACUCUGCCUUUUGACGAUGAGCACGUCCCCACCCUGUUCAAGAAGAUCCGUGGGGGAGUGUUUUACAUCCCUGAAUACCUCAACCGCUCCGUGGCCACGCUCCUCAUGCACAUGCUGCAGGUGGACCCCCUCAAGAGAGCCACCAUCAAGGACAUCAGGGAACACGAGUGGUUCAAGGAGGAGCUGCCCAGUUACCUGUUCCCCGAGGACCCUUCCUACGACGCCACGGUGGUGGACGACGAGGCGGUGCGCGAGGUGUGCGAGAAGUUCGAGUGCACCGAGUCGGAGGUGCUGAACAGCCUCUACAGCGGCGACCCCCAGGACCAGCUGGCCGUGGCCUACCACCUGGUCAUCGACAACCGCCGCAUCAUGAACCAGGCCAGCGAGUUCUACCUGGCCUCCAGCCCCCCCACCGGCUCCUUCAUGGACGACAGCGCCCUGCACAUCCCCCCGGGCAUGAAGCCGCACCCCGAGCGGAUGCCGCCGCUCAUCGCCGACAGCCCCAAGGCUCGCUGUCCCCUGGACGCCCUCAACACCACCAAGCCAAAGCCCCUGACUGUCAAAAAGGCCAAGUGGCACCUGGGGAUCCGCAGCCAGAGCAAACCCUACGACAUUAUGGCCGAGGUGUACCGGGCCAUGAAGCAGCUGGACUUCGAGUGGAAGGUGGUGAACGCCUACCACCUGCGGGUGCGCCGCAAGAACCCCGUGACCGGCAACUACGUGAAGAUGAGCCUGCAGCUCUACCAGGUGGACAACCGCAGCUACCUGCUGGACUUCAAAAGCAUCGAUGACGAGGUGAUGGAGCAGAGGUCUGGCUCCUCCACGCCACAGCGCUCCUGCUCGGCCGCGGGCUUGCACCGGCCGCGCCUGAGCAUCGACGCGGCCGCGGCCACCGAGUGCCAGUCUCUGAUGGGCUCCCUGAGCGGCUCCUUCGUGGGCAGCAUCCCCUCGGUGCCCCCUCGCCUGGGCAGCCACACCAUGGACUUCUUUGAGAUGUGUGCCAGCCUCAUCAUGGCCCUGGCCCGCUGAUGCGUCGGCCCCUCUGCGCGCUGUGAGGAUCCGCGCUGACUCGUCCGCCCCUCCUUCCUCUGCUCCCUUCUUCUUCCUCCUCCUCCUCCCCUCACUGCCCCACAGAGCCAGGGCCAGACCCAAAACGUGCUCCCCUCUAGCGAGGCACCAAGGAAAUUAACUUCAGACCUCUCCUUGUGCCUGGCGAAAUGUAUCCAAUACCUUUUUUAUUUUUCUUUCCUUGCAAACCCCAUGGGAAAUGUUAAGGCUGUAAAGUAACAAACGUUAUCACUGAGUUUUUGGAAAACACCUCCCCCCUGGUUCAUCCUGAGAUAAUGGGGGCAUAGCCACACUUCCUGCAGGGAGUUUGGUGUUUCCCUGAUGCUGUGCAGAGCAGGGGCAGGCUGGGCUGAGCCAGGGCAGAGGAGUUAACCCGGAGCUCUGUGAGAUGGAGUGGAGGGUGACGAAGCAGCUCUGCAGUGUUCACACCCAGGUGCCAGCCUCUCUUAACACUUUUCUCCCCAAAGCAGCAGCUGCUUAGAUGCUUCUGCACUAGUGCAAUAUGACCUCCCUCCCCUCUCUUUUUCCCUCUGCUGAAGAUGGGCAGGGAAGGUGGGAUGUGCAAAGGUCCUGGUGCAAACCUGCUGUGGGGAGGCCACUC